AUGAAGAUCAUUGAGAGAGAUAUGGAUAAAAUAGAAAGAUACAUGGAAUCUGACACCAAAGAACCAUUUAUAGAUAAUAAUUUUUGUUGGGUCUAUACUUAUCUACCUGGAUUGAGAUCAAUGCAUGAGAAUGGCAUUCAAGAUAUUCCACCAAUUGCAUUUCCUUUGGAGUGUGACCUGAGAGAGAUACAAACCAAAUUGAAAACGGUGGACAGCUACAUAUCCACUCGUUACAAUGUGGUGAAAAUCAAGGAGAACUCGCAUCAGCGUGCAAUGGAGUUGACACCCUACUUCAGGAUGUCGUUCGACGAAGUCAUUUGGUAUCUGUCGAGCGAUGGCGGAGUAUACCUCUGCAAAUCAUAUAACUGCUAUCAGCUGUGUGCUCACUCCAAGGCAGAGUUUGACACACGGAUUGCAAUAGAGUCGUCGCUCUACUACAAGUUGGUGCGUGCCAUUGGCUAUGAAACCAAUGUAAUGCGCAGUAUGAUAGUACCUCUCGUUCCAAAGUUGAAACUCGACAGCAUCGAAUCUCUCUACUUUCAAUUCUAUCUUGUCAAACCAUUAAGAGAGUUAUUAUACGAAAGUAUAUCAAAUGAGUUUACAGGUACAAGAACAGUGAUAGAUGACUUUGUAUGGUUUGGAACUGAAAUUCCUGGUGUAAGAGAAGGUGGUACUUCCUAUCACCAAUAUUUAUCUGUACCACCUAUUAAAAAUCAAACGUCAAGAGAUUUAAAUGAAAUUAAAUCACCAACUUCUUGUAUACUUUUGGAUGAUGAUAAUUCAAUUGAAGUUAAAGUUCAACAUAUUACAAUGAAAUCAUUUUAUUCUGAUCCAGCUCGUAAUAUAAAUUGGUAUUUAGGUAGUGAUAAUAAAGUUUAUUAUUCUGAUGAUUUUAAAGAGUUUAGAUUAACUGCUAAUUCAAAAGAGGAAUUCGAAAGUAGAAUUACUAUAGAGGCAUCUCUAUGUGAGAAAUUAAAUACUCUAAAGAUGGAAAAUGCCAAUAUAUCAAAAGAGAUCAUAGAACAAAACAAACAUAUAAUGAUAGAUGAAGAGUUAAACUACAUUGAUUACUAUUUUCAAAUCAACAACAAUAUAUAA